UUUCAGUCGAUCAUGUUGGCUCAGUCUAAUAUGGUCCAUGCAAACAAAGCCUUGCCGAGGCUGCCAAAAAUAUCUGUCGAGAGCCACCGGCCUCUGACUGCUGGUGAUGAGGAAUCUUGCCCAAGCCCAAUAGUGCGCAAAUAUGACGAAAAUCAAUUGAUGAUGCCUCAACACACAGCGUCACGCCUCCCGAAUUUCCAACAAUCUCGACGGUGGGCGAAGAAAUAUGGGUCUGAUCCUCCUCCGCCGACACCACCACCGAAAAACGAACAGCAACCUGAGCAAAACCCGGUCGCAGAAUCAGAGAGUCGCAUCCUCUCGAAACGCGAAGAAUCAUUUGAGCAACAGCGGGCCGAGCUGAGAAGGUUUCCUAUUACUCUUCCAAACAUUGAAGAGCCCGCGAAUGAAAUUUUACGGAGCGAUAGCAGUCCCAUCGUUCAGGAAGCUGGUUUAUGUCAGCCUGCAGCGUCAAACUGCUGGAAGAGCGUCAAAGCAACGAUAUUCAUAACACCUCGCGGUCAUAUGUCCCAGAAGCAUGACAUCCGGCCUCAGAGUCGACAAGGAACUCCGACCAAAGCCCAGGAAAGAAGGGCCGGCUCCAAUAGCAAUAGAGUUGCCGUGCCGUCAGUGGCAAGAAGUGGUGCCUUCGCCACGACGUCAAUACCAAGACGAUGCGUCCCACUGCCCGAGAAACCUUUGAAAGCAGUGUCAACCGCCAUUGACAAUACUUAUACUCAGCACAGUUUUGACACUGAGAAGCAGAAUUGGGUCCCCACCAGGGCAGCGGUUUCUCCUGCCCUCUCGCUUCACGGCCCUCAGAACGAUAUUGAAUUUUCGAAGGAUUGUAUGGACUUCCUCAAAAGCAUGGAUCACAACCGGGACUGGCUUUCGAUACCAACCUCAGGACCGUUGGCCCAAGCCAGCCACAACUUGUUGUCAACUCAGGCAAAUCACAUUGACCAAGAAGACCCUUACGAGAAGAUAUCCAUGCAAACUGCGCUUGCCUCUGCGCCAGCCACGCCACACUCGAGGAGUCUUGAACCGAUACCUGAUAUAACAAUUACCUCUAGCUCAACCCCUAGGGCCCACAUGUAUGGAGCACAACCACCUGCAGGUCAAACAGUGGGAAGUAGUGGACUGCCUCUUCCCGUGUCGAAGCUGGGAAACAAGUCACCCAAACUCUCUGCCUUUCUCCACAAAUCCGCCCACGCAGAAGAAGUACACGCCCCAGGUAACAGGAAUGUAUUUCCGGGAGAGUCUCUCCUUCGAAUGCCUUCAUCUGCCUCAUCGACCAGCCGCUCCUUCAAAGGCCCAAGGUCAGCAAUCAGCACGGACACUCUGGCAAAGAUAGAAGCUCAAGUUCGAACCAACCAACUUUCGCACUUUGACAGCAACAGGGGCCAUUUCCACAUUCACAGGUCAUCCGAGCCAACGUCGAACGGGCCUCCGAGUAUCCCACCAGAACGACCCUUACCAGCAUUGCCGGCAGACGCAAUCACAGAGAUCCAGCGCCUCUCCAGUGAGAGCUCGCGUGGCUUUUGUCGAACGCCAGUCCAUCGAGGCCCCAAAAGGUCCUCCAUAUCGACAAUCCGUAUUUUGGGUUUUACUGAUCCCGAAGAAUUUAUCUCACAAGCGGCAGAUUUGCCGCAGAAAUCUCGCCAUGAGAGCUCACAUUCUACCUUCACUUUAAACGCCAACAUCGUGUCUCCGGCAGGUGGCUCUUCAGCAGCCUCGCUAAAAUCUGGAAGUUCUCGAAGCUCCACACGAUCAUAUAUGAGGCACAGCGUCUGUGGUCCGCGUGCUGAAAAGGUCAAGGAGAAGCGACUGCGAGACUUAGCAUCCUCCAAGUCCGACAUGAUUGGCUCAACUUCUCCAGACAAAGAACCUCUGACACGGCCAGAAUCAUUGUCUCACGUCAGGGGAACUAUUGCUGUUCGUUCUCUAGUUUCUCGUCCAUCUAUUGAUCAACUUGAUCAAUUCCCCGAUGUUCCGGAGUCGCGACCUACUAGCCUGAUCACUCCAACCGCUUCUCGUGGCCACAGCAGGGCACAGAGUCAACUGAAGAAUAGUAUACAUACUCGUCAGCUAUCUAAAGCUAGCUCUAACAAUCUUCAACCUACCCGUCACCGUCAGAUCCUCUCUCAAAGCAACAUCUUUAUUGUUGUUGACUCAGAUCCUGUCACUACUCGUUUCAAGGCCGGAACUAUGAGCCCGGCCCCAAGUAUCGGUAGUAUUCGUAGCCGCAGCGAAAGUCCACAUCAGCAGAUGAAGCAUGGUCGACUUCCGUCGAACUGGAAAGUGGCAACUUCAACCCAGGGUAGUCCCUUGAAGAAUCUCAAGAAUCGCACUAGCCUCCACAGCAUUAAGAGUCUGGCCUCAGCAUCGGCAAGGUCAAGUCAAACCGGAAUCAAAAAGAAUAAGAGACCUUUACGGAGCACCACCAGGAAUACCAGCAGCUCGAGCGAUGAGUCGCACCAGCGUAUAGCCCAAUCGAUUUCAAACGCUUCCAAGCAUAAUAUGACGCGACCAAAGAAGCGAAGAAGGUGGAACAGUAACGACAUAGGUCAUGUAAAGACUCUGGAACACGCUCUAGAAUUCUAUCGAUCCACAAUUAUGAAGCAGGAGGAGAGACUGCGCGAUCAAGCAUAUCAAAUUCAGAUGAUGAUCAGAGUCAUUGCUCCAAUGAAUCGUGCCCGGGGAGUGAAAGCCCCAUCUGGGUUAUCAGAUAUCAAGGAUCACUCGAUCGCAGAAGGAAUCGGCCAUUGCUCUAGUUGCAACAUGAAUAGGAGACCAAAUGGAGCCAGAAAUAGCAAAGGUCCCAAAAUCAAUCCAGGGUAUCCGACUUAUAAUACUGGGAAAGUGACAUCAGACUGGUGCCACAAGAGAUCCAAUAGCACAGAUGCCAUCAGUACGGCAUCUGCAAGUGCGAACGCGACCGAUGCUACAAAGGGCUCUACUGAUGAAGCCUCGAUGACUGAUCCAUUCGAGUAUGACUUCAGUCCAAAUGACCCAACCACCAAGUCGGAGAAUCUAGCAACCGCCACAUUCAGGCCUUCCAAGAUCGGUGGCGCCAAUGCCCAAAACUCAAGAACAGCGACACGUGAGAAAACCGCGGGUCAGGUGAGCCUGCUGAGUGUCUCCACUCAAGAUUGCGAGCAUCGUCACAAGCACACUCUCAGCAAGGACAGCGGUCUGAAGUACCGGACUUUGACUCAGAUCGCCCGGAGCAAUUCUCGUCGCAACAGUCGGCGGAAUCGCAAUGGAUGCAACGAUUCGCUUGACACCGGAAUUGAGAAUCGGCGUGAUAUCACGAGGCUUAGUGUCAACCACGUCUUGACUAGUACAGAGCAGAUGGAUCGUGCCCUAGAGCGGUUU